UACUUUAGCGCGUCCAAAUCGGUUUGUACCCGUGCACGCAGACCCUCCGUUAAUUGAUGUUUAAAUAAAAUUCAGUUAGAUUUCCGUGGGAGCUCAGUGGUUAGCACACCACGGUCCGGCCAGUGGAAGCUGGGUUCAAGUGUUGGAAGGAUGGGGAUGACCGGGGGCAUAGAAAAAAAUAUAUAAAAUCGAGUUUUUGGGAUAAAAUUGUAAAAAAAAUAAAAAAGAAAAAAGAAAACGUGAACCUCAAUCCCAAAUUACCCAAAAUAAAAUUAUGUGCAACGGCUGAAGAUUCUCCGUUUAUCGUUUCCAUUUCCUCCUCCUGCAUUUUACUGCUGCUCCAGUGUGUGCAGCACUACGUUCUUUAUCGCUUCCACUCCAAUUACUCCUCUUCAUUUUCGCACCAAAUUUGGUUCUCUGUAAUCCAUACAGUCCUUGCUGCCUUUUAGUUGGUGCUUGUUGGUUCUUAUCUCACAGUAAUCAAGAUGGUUGUUCUCGCUGCUUCCAUUGUAAGCAAGUCUGGUAAAGUGCUUGUUUCAAGGCAGUUUAUGGAUAUGUCUCGUAUACGAAUUGAAGGUCUUCUUGCUGCUUUCCCGAAGUUGAUAGGCACUGGAAAACAACAUACAUAUGUUGAGACAGAAAAUGUUCGCUAUGUUUACCAGCCUAUUGAAGCUUUAUACUUGCUACUUGUAACAAACAAACAAAGCAACAUUUUGGAAGAUUUGGAGACUCUACGAAUGCUCUCUAAGCUUGUACCUGAAUAUUCUAUGUCCCUUGAUGAAGAGGGCAUUUGUGGGACAGCUUUUGAGCUGAUUUUUGCUUUUGAUGAAGUCAUCUCUCUUGGGCACAAAGAAAAUGUGACCAUUGCACAGGUUAAGCAGUACUGUGAGAUGGAGAGUCAUGAAGAGAAACUGCACAAGUUGGUAAUGCAAAGCAAGAUAAAUGAAACCAAGGACGUUAUGAAACGCAAAGCCAGUGAGAUAGACAAAAGCAAGAUUGAAAAGAAUAGAGGUGAUAAGGGAGGAUUUAUGUCUUUACAAUCAAUGGGCUCUGGAAGAAUUGAGAGCAGCUUUAAUGACAUGAGCAUAUCUAGCACUGGAAGUGGUUUUGGAAGUGGUUCCAGUUUCGGAUUAAGCACUGAUGUUGACUCAUUUUCUACCAAGUCCAAAGGUCGUGCACCUUCAGCUGCAACUGCUCCUCCUAAGGGUCUUGGCAUGCAGUUAGGUAAAUCACAAAGGACUAACCAGUUCUUGGAGUCUCUGAAAGCGGAAGGGGAAGUAAUCCUUGAAGAUGUGCAGCCAAAAGCACGCCAGUCUAGAUCAGCUGCCCCACCUCUAACCGAUCCUGUUACUUUGAUUGUUGAGGAAAAACUGAACGUAACACUUAAACGUGAUGGUGGAGUUAGUAACUUUGACGUUCAAGGAACCUUAUCACUACAAAUUCUUAACCAAGAAGAUGCACAUAUCCAAGUCCAGAUCGAAACUGGUGGCAAUCCUGGCAUCCUAUUCAAAACACACCCUAACAUGAAUAAAGAAUUAUUUUCCAAUGAAAAUAUUCUAGGCCUAAAGGAUCCUAGUAGGCCUUUUCCCACUGGUCAAACUGGUGAUGCAGCUGGUGUUGGUCUUUUGAAAUGGAGAAUGCAAAGUACAAAUGAGGCAAUGGUUCCAUUGACAAUCAACUGCUGGCCUUCUGUUUCUGGGAGUGAAACUUAUGUCAGCAUUGAAUAUGAAGCUUCAGCAAUGUUUGAUCUGCGAAAUGUUGUGGUCUCAGUACCUCUUCCAGCACUCCGUGAAGCUCCAAAUGUAAGGCAGAUUGAUGGUGAAUGGAGAUAUAACUCAAGGAAUUCCAUCUUUGAGUGGGCCAUACUUCUUAUUGAUGACUCAAACCGCAGUGGAUCAGUGGAGCUUGUCGUUCCUGCAGCAGAUUCGUCUGUAUUUUUCCCAAUAUCUGUGCAGUUCUCUGCUACUAAUACAUUCAGUGGCCUGAAGGCUAUAAACAUCCUGCCACUCAAAGGUGGAGCUCCUCCCAAGUUUUCUCAAAGAACACAAUUGGUUGCAGAGAAUUACCAAGUGGUGUGAGGACUGUUGUUGGGCAACAUUUUUGGAUAUGGCAUAAAGGUUUGGACAAUUUUUUAUUCAUGAUCGUUUUCUAUUCAACUCGAAGUUAAUGAUGCUUCAUGUAUUGUCGCUAAUUUGAACUCACUUUUCUUGUCAAGUCUAGGUUAAAUCAAAGCACCUGCGAUUUUUUGUUUCAUUGCCCUGUGCUUCUCUGUUGUAUCUGAUUUCAACAGGAAGUGUGCUUUACAAAUAAUAUUAUUUCUAAGAACGGAAAUGGAAUACGCUUGGAUUUUUUUUAAAUCUAAAUUGAAUAUACAUCGCAUUAUCCUUUUUAUCA